AGUUUCCACUCUGCCUUCAGCGGUGCAUUUUUUUUUUCCACCCUCCCCUCCCCCUCCUCAUCCUUCCUCCCCUCCCCCCGCGUCUCCGCACGCACACACACACGGCGCCCCCCGCCCGCCCUCCUCUUCCUCCCCCCCACCUCACCCCACAGCAACUAUGAUGAAAUAAUAAUCGUAGUAUUAAAGGCAGAGAUCGGGGUGAGACAAUGGGGAUGUUGGCGAGGGCGCCCCGAUCCGGAUUAGAAACACCUCCCGGCCCCGCAGAAUAAAACCCAUCGCGGCCCUCCGCGCGCUCCCUCCCCCGAGUGCCGAGCGGGAGGCGGCGGCGGCCGAGGAGGAGGAGGAGGAGGAGGAGGCCCCGCAGGAGGAGGAGGCGUUGGAGGCCGAGGAGGAGGAGGAGGCCGAGCAGGAGGAGGAGGAGGAGGAGGAGGCCGGGCCCGGGAGGCGGCAUGAGCCGAGCACGGCGGCCGCGGCUCCUCUCGGCCGCGCUCGUUGCCCAUUGACAGCGGCGUCUGCAGCUCGCUUCAAGAUGGCCGCUUGGCUCGCAUUCAUUUUCUGCUGAACGACUUUUAACUUUCAUUGUCUUUUCCGCCCGCUUCGACCGCCUCUCGCCGGCUGCUUUUUUCCGGGAGCUUUGAUCAAGCAGAAAUGCAUCGAACAACCAGAAUCAAGAUCACGGAGCUAAAUCCCCACCUAAUGUGUGUGCUUUGUGGAGGAUACUUCAUCGAUGCCACCACCAUCAUAGAAUGCCUACAUUCCUUCUGUAAAACAUGCAUUGUGCGUUACCUGGAGACCAGCAAGUAUUGUCCUAUCUGUGAUGUCCAAGUUCAUAAAACCAGACCACUUCUGAAUAUAAGGUCAGACAAAACUCUUCAGGAUAUCGUAUAUAAAUUAGUUCCAGGGCUUUUCAAAAAUGAAAUGAAAAGAAGAAGGGAUUUUUAUGCAGCUCAUCCUUCAGCUGAUGCCGCCAACGGCUCUAAUGAAGACAGAGGAGAAGUUGCAGAUGAAGAUAAGAGAAUUAUAACUGACGAUGAAAUAAUAAGCUUAUCCAUUGAAUUUUUUGACCAGAACAGAUUGGAUCGGAAGGUAAACAAAGACAAAGAGAAAUCUAAGGAGGAGGUGAAUGAUAAAAGAUAUUUACGAUGCCCAGCAGCAAUGACUGUGAUGCACUUAAGAAAAUUUCUUCGAAGUAAAAUGGACAUACCUAACACUUUCCAGAUCGAUGUCAUGUAUGAAGAGGAGCCUUUAAAGGAUUAUUACACACUCAUGGAUAUUGCUUACAUUUACACCUGGAGAAGGAAUGGUCCACUUCCUUUGAAGUACAGAGUUCGACCUACUUGUAAGAGAAUGAAGAUCAGUCACCAGAGAGAUGGACUGACAAAUGCUGGAGAACUGGAAAGUGACUCUGGGAGUGACAAGGCCAACAGCCCAGCAGGAGGUAUUCCCUCCACCUCUUCUUGUUUGCCUAGCCCCACUACUCCAGUGCAGUCUCCUCAUCCACAGUUUCCUCACAUUUCUAGUACUAUGAAUGGAACCAGCAACAGCCCCAGCGGCAACCACCAAUCUUCCUUUGCCAACAGACCUCGAAAAUCAUCAGUAAAUGGGUCGUCAGCAACUUCAUCUGGUUGAUACCUGAGACUGUUGAGGAAAACCAUUUUAAACCCCGAUUUAUAUAGAUCUCUUCAUGACAUUACAGCUUUAUAGAUGCUAAUACAUGUGACUAUAUCGUCCAAGUUGUUUUCUUUUGUAGUAUCAUUAAAUUUGGCUAUAAAAGAUGGACUAGAUGUGAUAUUUGUAUGGACGUUAAUUGAAAAGAUUGUAACUGUAACUAUGAAGAAUUGGUUUCUGGGAAAGCAGGCAAGGAUUUUUUCUAUGUGUUAGGAAAGAUGUGAAACGGUUUCUGUAACCAUGUUUGGACUUGGAGAUACUCUGCAGUGGAUGUAAACAUUGGGCCAUAGUUUGUUAAUCUCAACUAACGCCUACAUCACAUUCUCCUUGAUUGUUCUUGUUAUUACGCUGUUUUGUGAACCUGUAGGAAACAAGUGCUUUUUACCUUGAAAUUCAACAAAUGGAAAGAAUAUGCAUAGAAUAAUGCAUUCUAUGUAGCCAUGUCACUGUGAAUAACGAUUUCUUGCAUAUUUAGCCAUUUUGAUUCCUGUUUGAUUUUUACUUCUCUGUUGCUACGCAAAACCGAUCAAAGAAAAGUCAACUUCAGUUUUACACUCUGUAUGCCUAAAAGCGGGUACUACCGUUUAUUUUACUGACUUGUUUAAAUGAUUCGCUUUUAUAAGAAUCAAAUGGCAUUAUGCUUGUUGUACAAUGCCAUAUUGGUAUAUUACAUAACAGGAAACAGUAUUGUAUGAUAUAUUUAUAAAUACUACAAAGAAAACAUUGUGUUUCAUGCAUUCAGAAGUGGUUGUUAAAAUUCUCCCAACUGGUUCGACCUUUGCAAAUACCCAUACCCUAUGUCGAGUCUGGUUUACCAACACGGGAUGUUUUUUAAUUGUGGAUAUCAAAGUUUAAAUUCUGUUGCAUUGGGAGCAACUGCAAAUCAUAAUACCAACUUCUCCAGUAAUAUAUGCCUAUUUUAAAAAUUGUUGCAUUAAAAAAAAAAACUUAAGGCAUACGAAGUAGUGUCCUAAUUUUCUAUCGGUUAUGAUGGGCUUAACUGUUUUAGAAUGCAUACUUAUGACUAAUGUCUGAAACAAAUUUUAAAAUAAACCAGCAAAUUACUGAAGGGAGACAUUUUAUCUGGAUAUUUUAAUAAAUGACACAGCAGUAAUUUCACAUUUAAAAGUUGCUUUAAUAGUUAACAGUGGAAUAUACCCUCUCUGUAAUGUUUGGAAAUAGAAGCGAUGUACUAGGAGCUUCUAUAGGCCUUUUUAAACAGAGCAAGCAUGUUGAAUUUAAAAUAUGGGUAACCACAGCAAAUUUGUUUGUGUUUUGCUUUGGUCGAACUUGGGGUAUGUUCAUCACUCAUCAGUUACUUGUGAGGGUGUUUAUUCUAUAUGAAUAUUGUUUCAUGUUUGUAUGGGAAAAUUGUAGCUAAACAUUUCAUUGUCCCCAGUCUGCAAAAGAAGCACAAUUCUAUUGCUUUGUCUUGCUUAUAGUCAUUAAAUCAUUACUUUUACAUA